AUUGUAAAGCUCGGUGAUGUCACAGAAAAUGAUCUCCAAUUGCAAUCAAACAUCGAGAACGCCCACAGGAUCGGGCCCUUCAAGGGUGAUGGCACUCCUAGACCAAUUUUGGUUAAGUUUUUGUAUCGUCCGGAACGGUUUAGAGUUAUUAAAAAGAAGAGGGAUCUACGUGAUGGUGUGCGCGUUUCAGAUGAUUUGAUAUGGGAAGACCGUCAAAAGAAGAAACAAUUGGGAUCUGUUAUGAAAGAAGCAUUUGAAGCUGGGAAAAGACCUAGAUUUCAUCAUCGGGCAAGCUUUAUAUCGACGGUGAGCUACAUCAGGCUUGAGAUGUUUGAACAGUAUACACUUUUGUUUACGUGUAAGUCCCAUCUUAAAUGUCUACAUAGCUUUAUAAUUAUCAUUUAUCUUAAAUUGUUUACUUUGAAAUUUCGUCAAGCUAAAACUUGAUGCAAAUGACCCAAGAGUCCUCUGACCCCGAUUUAAAUUUACAAUUGCUAAAUGAUCAUAGGAUUUACAUAGUUGAAGAAAGUAAUUAGUUGUCUCGUACUGUCAAACCUCAAUACUCUGUUAUUCACUUAAGUACAAGAAGUUUAAAACAACAUUUCGAACAAAUGUGCAAUCUUCUGGAUUCGAUUUCAUGUAAGUUUGAUUUUAUCGGUUGCUCCGAGACAUGGUUCACCUCUGAAAUUGAUUAUACACGUUUUCAAAUCCCAGGUUACACUUUACUCAAUGAAAAUCGCACCUUCUCGACAGGUGGCGGUGUUGCUUUGUAUGUCAGAUCAGUCUAUUCUUUCUCAAUUAGAAAUGACCUCAAAAUAGACUCAAUUGAAAACCUAUGGAUAGAAACUAAUGAUAUGAUUGUGGGUGUCAUUUAUAAACCCCCAAAUUUUUCAAACCCGGAAUUUUUAGACAAACUCGAAAGAACUCUAUACAAUGUUUUUCUCUCUAAGAAAAAAUGCAUUUUAAUGGGUAAUACUAAUAUAAAUACUCUUACAAAGACAAGUGUCUCUAAGGAAUAUGUUAAUUUAAUACAAUCAGAAGGAUUCAGUCAGCUGAUCUUUGAAGCAACACGUAUUACUGAAAAUUCACAAAGCUGCAUUGAUCACAUCUUUACAAAUAUUUCGACUUCCUGCUCAAGUGGCAGCCUCGCAGUUGAGAUUGCGGAUCAUCUACCAGUCUUUACUAUUUUGUAUGACCCCAAAUUUAGUCCUUUUCCUGAUCAUUUCGAAUUCAGAGACUUUCGGAGUUUUGAAGAUGAAAAUUUCAAAUUAGAUCUACGAAGAGAGAGCUGGGAUUCUAUUUACAAAUGCAAUGAAGUAAAUAAAAGUUAUACCAGGCUCCUCCAUAUUUUCAAUAAAGUAAGUAAUAUACAUGCACCACUUCAAAAAGCAAAGACUAAACACAAAGCAUAUAAACUGUGGAUUACUUCUGGUUUAAAGAAAUCUAUGAAAGUUAGAUAAAUUAUACAAGAAAUGGCUUGUUACUCGAAAUUAUGUUUUCCUAAACAAAUAUAAACUAUAUCGCAAUAAAAUUGGCAUCAUUAAUAAGAUAUAUCGUGACUGCUUUUAUAAUGACAUAUUAAUCAAAUCAGAUAACACGAAAAAGAUGUGGGAUAACAUCAAUUUAUUGAUAAAUAAGAAGCGGCCAAGUUCUCACAUAGAAAAACUACAAGUGGAUAAUAAACGAUAUGAACAACCUUCAACUAUCUCCAACUGCCUCAACGAUUUUUUUUGUAAUGUCCCUUCUACACUAGCAGCACAACUGCCUAAAUCUGAUAAGAGUCCAACCACUUAUCUUUCUCAGAAACGAAAACAAUUUCGCUUCGCACAAGUCUCUGAAAUAGAGGUAUUCUUAUUACUAGAAAGUCUUGACACAAACAAAUCGUUUGGGAUUGACAAGAUUCAUCCGCUAUUAUUAAAAACUGCAGCACUUCAAAUAUACCGUACUUUAACAUUUAUUUUUAAUCUUUCCAUCAACAAAGGUAUUUUUCCUGAUAGUAUGAAACUUGCUAAAGUUGUUCCAAUUUUUAAACAAGGCUCUCGUUUUGCACGUAGUAAUUAUCGACCUAUCUCAGUUCUCUCUUCCAUAAGUAAAAUAUUUGAGAGAUGUAUUUUUAAUCAGCUGAUGUUCUAUUUUACGAAUAUAAUAUAAUUUCACCAAAACAAUAUGGAUUUAGACUAGGUUUUACAACCUCUGAUUGUCUGAUUGACCUUAUUGAAGAAAUAACCUCCUCUCUUGAUAAAGGACUUUAUGUGGUUUCUUUAUUCUUAGAUUUAAGUAACGCAUUCGAUACAGUAAACCACCAAAUAUUACUAAAUAAACUUAAGUACUACGGAUUACAACAACGUGAAUACAACUGGUUUCAAUCCUACUUAAGUGUUAUUGUCAGAAAAAACCGGGCAAUAGCAAAAGAUCGAGGUCGGCCGUUUACCUUCAUGUUUUCACAGUAUGAAAGCUAUCUGAAAAGAUGAACAACCGUGACAUUUGGAGAAGUAGCCGUUUGAUUUUCUUCGAGAUAUCACUAUUUCGAGAUUUUGGGACCUCCGGCGACCUAAAAAAGCACAAAUUUUGGCCAAAUUUGGGUGAAGUUAAAACAUACUUGGUCAAACUCCCAAAAGGUCUUGUAUUUUAUCCAUAACAUAUAUCGCUUCGUUAGUCGACUGGAAUAUGUUAAACUUCCUUUGCUUAAAUACUCUAUUUUUUACCUGGUGCUAAAAAUCGCUCCUGAAUCGUUCAUGAGCGUCAUCCAAAUUUCAGUCAUUUUCAGUUGACUGUUUUACCGAGAUGCGGCAGUUUAUUUCAAAAGUAAAAUCAUUUCUAGAUGGCUUAUUGUGCUCUUAUCAAAAUCCAGUUUGUUUAAAAUUGGUAUCUAGUAGCAAAUUGGAAAAAAUGGCAUGCGAAGGUACAAUAAUAAGCGUCAAGUAUUAAUAUUUCCCGCCAAAUUUUAUAGCGCCACGUUUCGUUUUACUGUGAUUGUGGCUCGUAGAUAUCUUAAAGUAUACUUUCAUGACUUCACUAAAAAGAUAAUUGAAAACUUUUAUAUCACUAUUGACAAGGAUAAACAUUGUAAAUCUCCGUUUUGAUAACAAUCUCCUGAAUAAACAACUAAAAAUGUCAAAAGCACGAAGCCCAUUUUUCCCGCGAAAGUUUUAAUUUAUUUGUCACGCAAUAGAGUAAAGCCAGACUUUAUUCUCAGUUUUCAGACGGUUGCCAGAAAACAAACUUAAAUCAAACAAUGCCAUCAACAUGAAGACUUAUCCUGAUUAAGUUACUUCAUAUGGACACAUUUUUCUCCAACUCUUGGACGCAGAGAAGACGUAGAGAAGAAAGCAACAGAACUUUUCUCUGCUCAAUAACGGAAUCUUACAUAAAAUCAAGCACGGCAGAAGGCAUCUGCACAUCUGAAGGCAUUCACUGACCCUGAUCUGUUUCGGUUUUUUCACGUCUUUUGUGGCUCGGGCUGUAUCACGCAGAUGAUUUAAAUACCUCAAGUUAAAUAAACUGCGACAGGACGGGUGAAACUGGGCCUCUCGUGCAAACAAAUCUUCCCCUUGUACUUUGCGAUGAAGAUGACUAUUGCCAAGCUCGAGGGCUCGAGGCUCAAUCUGUUUCCCAGUAGGCUCCUUUAGAGCUCCGUCUUUGUCCUUCAACACUGGGAACUUGAUGCAUUGCUCUGUUUUUCCACACGAUUUCAGUUCAAGCUUCUCACAGAAAAUGCAUUUGGAGGAAACAGCUGCGGAGCAGAUGAGGAUGAUGAUUUACGAGGGGAACGUGUUGUUGUUGUGGCUUCACUAUUAGGUGUCACACUGGACUUCAACUUGUCCUGGUUUUUAGUAAACCUUUGGUAACAGGUGAUAGCAGAUUGCUUCUAAAUUUGCACCCUCGAGAUUCUCUGGAAUCUGCAAACAAACAUCUUCCAUGCGAUGAAUCGGUGAAUCAUGAGGUUCCAUAACUCGCCUGUCACGAACUUCAUGUAAUUGGGAAAGCUUCUCAGUAGCAGAUCCCUUGACAUUACUGAGUGCUGUGAAAUCGCCAUGAUGAAUGCCACUCGCAUGUAAAAUACGGCGAAGAGCGGGCCGCUUGUGAAGAAAGUCUUGUCUGUUAGCGUUAUUAUCUUUGCGUUUCAUCUCUUAAAAUUCUAACAGUGAUUUUUUUUUAACGAUUUAGACUCUUAAAAGUGCAAAACAUAGUUCAAAUCUUUCUUAAAAUAAUAUGAAAAUAUGACUUAACGCAUUUUUAAUUAGUAUCAAAAUGAAAUCGCAGUUUAAGUACAAACUAUCCAAAUUUUCACAUAUAUUUUUUUUCGGUUUUAUAUACAGGCAUGUAGAAUAAAAGUUAAAGUGAAAAGAAGAAGUAGCGAUACGUAAAAAUGCCCUGCAUCUUUGAUAACCAUUUCAAAUGAGGUUGUAAAUUAAACAGUGGCCCAGUUAAUAGUUCAUGUGCUCAGCGUGCAAAGAAAGUACUGUCCGAUAGCCCGGGGCUAGUGGAUUUUGCUAUCGGGCUAGUGAAUUCUGUUUUUAACUUGCCCGCCGGGCAAGUGAUGUUUUAUGAGGAAUUUGAAUAACAGAAGAACAAAAAGUUUUUGGGGCUAGUUGAAAUGACGUCUGGGCUAGUAAAUGCUAGCUUCAGCUUGCCCAAAUGGCAAGCUGUAAAAAUGAUUUUCUUUGCACCCUGUGUGCUGCUUGGCCUGUUUCACAUUAGGAUUGUAGUACUAGAAGCAUAGUCUGAUUUAAGAAGGCAAUAGGGUGACUUAUUUAAUAGUAUUUUCGCUUUGAUCCAAUUCUGGACUUUAUAAGAUUCUUUUUAAUCUGUGGUUGCCCUUUUUUAAAAUGGAAAAAUUUAUAGAGGUAAUCAUAAAAAAACUGAGUUGAAUAUAAUGUUAAGUUUUAUUCUUUAUUCUGAGCGUAAAUCAUACUUAAUUUGUUUUCACUGUUUACUUCAAAUUUAUUUAAUUUGUCAAAAAAAGGACGUAUAUACUUUAAAGGUAUUCGUUAUAGUAAAAGUAUACGUAAAUAAAAGUUAUUUGCCUCUUUUGAUAAACUAAUUGUCCGCAAUUAAGUUUCAUUAGAAAACCAAGAUGGCUGCCAAGAUGGCCGCCACAAAGGGCACUAAAAAAAGGCCUUGGGACAAUAUUUCGCGAUGGGAACAUAGAAUUUCUUUUUCAAGACAUCUUGAGGAUUACAAAAAUGUAAGUUAGAAAAAUAUAUCCUAGGGGUGCAUGGGUACCCUGCCUUCCGGCUAGACUAUUUCUCUGUUGUAACUUUUUUGCGUUUACUUCACGGUAAUUGAUUUUAUUACCAUUUCUAAGGCCAUAUUUCAGUAUAUAACAAAUAAACCUUUUGUUAAUUUCUGUAAAACUGUAAUACUAAUUUAUCCUGGGUUAAUACUUUUUUAUCUUGUUGAACAACUUGCUGUAUAUAUUUUUUUUUUUCAUAUCCUUUUUUCUGUUAUGCCUCAUUUGUGAAUAUAUAAAUAACAAGAAUCGCCGAAAGGCGAUUUUUAACUGGGCUGCCAAGGGGCUAUUUUUUCUGAAGGGAGGGGGCGGCUAUACACACUCAGGCUACCACAAAACCUUGUCGGCAACCAUUGCAUGCGACAGCACCUCAUGUGAGACUGAAACAUAAACUCAUUCAGAACAUUGUACCCUUUUGAAAGACUUUCAUAACAAAAAAAAAGAGUACCAUUUUUAAGUGGGGGCUGUAUAAUAACUUUUUAAAUUCCACCAUUAUGAGUAAAAAUAAACAAGUUUGCCAUUAAUUGUAAGCAGGAAACAAUUUGCAUUAUUUCCACGCACCCCUCCCCCAAUCCCUCUGUGCUCCAAAAUAUAUAGCGUGACAGUAUAACGUGACUAAUUUGACGUAACUAGAAAUUCCAAAAAUUGUUGUCGUUCUACGAGCAUAAAAUGCGACAGACUGAGCUGAUUUACACUAGACAGAAAUAUUGUAUUGUAUGAAAACCAGAAGUAUACUAAGACAGACAGAUAACUGCCCACUGAUUCCGCCUGAUCCAGGGGCCUCACUGACUGCACGGAGACUUUACUGCGCUUUUCACAAUCAUGCGAACUCUAAAGUUCAAAAGCCACCUUCACAAUUGUGUUUAUCGCUGCCGUCAAUCAUAAUUACGAUCACAAGCAACGAACCUUGAAACAGAGAAACACACAAAACGAAUCGAAAUCCACAAAUCACAAACCAUGACCUUUUGAACCAGUGAAGUAAAGUCUUGUUUCCUAAGAGGUCCGUUAAGAUGAUUGGCAGCAGCGAAAAACGCAAUCGUCGGUUGGCUUCUGAACUUCAGAAUUCGCAUGUUUGUGAAAAGUGCGAUCCUAAUUUGCGGUCCACAGUCUACAAGAAAACGCACUAUUUUUUCCUCAAGAUGAAAAAUAUUCAGUUUUAAGAUUUUCCUCAUGGUAUUUUUCUCUAACUUAAAGGAAUAAAAUCCUUUGCAUUUUGAGACCAUGUUGCGUUCACCAGCACGCACUUCAAACAAUGUAAAUAGAUGAAAUGAUCGAUAACAUAUUUUUUACCUGAUACCGAUUCGAGUUAAAAAUUCGCUCCAGUUCUGUUUGUCUCACCCAAGACGAACUUUUGAGCAUGGAACAUAACUAUGCCGCCUUAUAACUCGUCGGAAGUUUUUGUGCCAGCUAAACAAUAUGGAAACACUAUUCACAGUGACUCCUUGGAUAUUAAAAAGACUGAACGUGACGCACUAUUAUGCCUUUGUUUACUUCUGAUCACAUCUUCAAGCGAAGUCUCUCUUUUCAAGCGAUUCAUCUCAAUGCACAAUAAUUGACCCUUAUAUUAGUUAAAACCCAAUGGUUCAUUUAUAUUAAUGCUGUUUUUGCCCCUCACAUUGACUGUGUUCGUUCGUAUUCAAAACACCUUUACGAAAAUAAAGGUCGUAUAAGUCAUGUGUGUUAUGUUUCGAGAUAAAUGGAUUAUACGCUUUUUUAAGUUUCCAUUUUGCGGUGACUUCAGUUUACAUCUCCAUAAAAUGGUAAAAGAAAUAUCAAGAAACAUCACGAGAGCUGAAAACUUUCAAAGGCAUGUUUCUGAAACUCGCUAAUGCUGACAUCAAUAUAGCGUGCUUGGGCGAAAACACAGAAUUGUGAUCACAAGAUCAUGUACAAAUUUAAUGAUAAAAGCUUAGCAAGAUACAAAUACAAACAAAAGCAAACCCCCUGAAACCUCGACGUGGGCUACACUUGUAUGCUCUACUCAGUCACCAAACCUUGUCAGUAAUAGCUCCUAUUUUCCUCAAGUCGCUCUCUGUGAAGCUCCCGGAUGGGAUGUCCCGGUGAAGCUUUAAACUUGUGUGCGAAAUUCUCAGAGUCCCUAUUUUUGUCCGUGUCUUCUUUAUCCUCCGUAUCCGAAAUUUAGAUCUCCAAAGUGGCGUGUGUUGCAUUAAAUAGAAGGAAAUAUUUAAAGGAAAAGCCAGUCUUCUAACAUGGCAAAGUUGUCACGUCCUUCGCUCUUGGACGUGCGUAGUGCCAUUCAUCGGCAACUGAGUUGUUCGCUUCACUGACUACGAAGGGUUACAAUUAAGUCUUCAGCCAUAGUGUCGUCAACUGGUGAAAUACCUUGCUCAUAAAUUGUGCUUCCUAAUUGCUCAUGUACUACAUCGAUCGAUAAUUCUCUCUUUGAGUUCACGAAGCGGCCACGGCGUUGUUCCAAACCUGACGCUCACAGUCAUCUUUUUGUGUGAACCUACCGUGAACGGCGUGUCGGUUUGAAUGCAACGCGAGCAUUUCUCUGAGUUUCCCAGCGCCAACAUCAUCUAACUGACUUAAACUCGAACAAUAAAAAAAUUAUAGAGUGACUCCCAUGAUCGAAUCGCUUCGAACAACGCAAAUAGCCUUCUUCAGGUUCGCAACGCUUUGUGGUUUUUUCAGGGGGAGCGCAGACGAGGUACAAAAAGUAUCCGUGCAAGGGUUCGUGCAAGAGAAACUUAUAUGAAACCAUUUGCGAGAACAUCGUUUCUCGGUACCAGACCCUCGUGUCUUCCCUCCCCCGGGAGGCCGUUUUUCGCCGCAGACGACCGAAAGCCCAUUUUAUGACUGGGCGCACAGGCAGCCCAGUAAAAAGAGUGUCAGCUGUGGAGAAACUGUAAUCUAAUUAUGUUGGCCUUUGCGUACGUUCACUUUCGUUUUUACGAACCUUCGGAUUCUCAUCAAAAACAGUUGCACAAGAAAAAGAGACUGUCAAUACUAAUUUAGUUUACUUUUUGGUUGUCAUGAAAAGGCUCUUCUGGCACAGAUUACUACAACAGGUGUUGCGACAACUUAGAAGCAAAACGUUUGUUUGUACUUUCAAUUAGCUUUGCACGCAAAGUUUAUGUUGUCAGUAAAAUUAGAGUUCAAGGUAAGAAAAAAUAUUUUAGCGGGGCUUAAGUAUGAUUUUCCCUAUUGGCUUGAUGGCAAUAAGGUGUCUUUAUCACUCGGUACACGCGGUUUGGACACAAUGAAACCACCCUUUUUCGGAGUAAAGCAUCAGUCAUGGGAAACUGCAAUCUGUCGCAAAUACUUGCUUACGGGCGUUCGUGUUCCACCCUUUUGAUGCAAAUCGUGGGAACUACUUUAAGCUAAAAAAGAAAAUCUGUAAAAAUGAAUGCACUACACUAACCUGAGCCAAUAGGAACCACAGCAUUGAAUAAAACAAAGAUUUCCGCUAACAUAUCAGCGUUUACACGUCUAGGGAGUUUAAGUCCUCUCUUGGUACCUUCAUGGUCUGGAUAACAACAUAUUUCGACUUUACGACCCGGCCAGAUAGUCGUAAGAUCCAGCCUAUGCUUGGGACAGAUUGUCAUGGUCUGCAUUUCGUCAUUGCUAACAGCACCCAAAAGACCUGCACGGUUUAAAAUUAACUCUGUUUCGCUGACCUCGGUGCUUCCUCUACCACGUUUUACGCUGAUUUUCAGACUAAGAAGAUGAAAGGUAAUAUCUCUUUUGCAGGCAAGUAACGGCAGAAUAACCGUACCAACUCCACGCAAGCCACAUGGCGAUUCCUCCGAUCUGAAUGAACAAUUCAUCUUUUGAUCUGUUUUCAACCUAUCGUGACGUCCGAUCAUUAAAUUCGUGACAACUCUAGCGUUCGAUGGAAACAGGGUGUCUCUAUGAAGUAAUAUAAUUAGGAUAAUUCUGAAUUUUCUUGGUAUUAUUUGAUUUAAGUUUGUUUUCUGGCCAACGUCAAAAGCUCAGCAUGGCGAGAUUCAUAGAGGUUUGAAAUCGUAGACCCCUGCCUUAUGAAAAAACUUUUAAAAUUGACGCGCUGUUUUAAAGGCCUCACUGGAUCUGGAUGGGGUUAAAUACAAACGUAAGCAAAACAUUACUUUUGCAAUAUUUAAAUAAUGUCUAAAAAAUAAUGCUUCCCUCUGAGAUACCUGGCGAAUAAAAUUCUCACAGGGCCACAGCCUAAACAGGCUAAGCUGCUCUGUUGAAUCAGGAAGGCCAAACUUUUUUUCUUAAUGCUGGACAGAGAUUAAAACAACAUCUAAAAGCGCGUUGUUAGUUCCCUCUGAGACACCCGGAGAAUAAAUUCAAAAGGCUAAGCUGCUCUGUUGAAUCAGGAAGGCCAAACUGUUUUACUUAAUGCUAGACGGGGAUUCAAAAAAUAUCUGAAAAGCGCGUUUUUAGUUCCCUCUGAGACACCCGGAGAAUAAAAUUCUCACAGAGCCACAGCCUAAAAAGGCUAAGCUGCUCUGUUGCAUCAGGAAGGCCAAACUUUUUUUCUUAAAUGCUGGACAGAGAUUCAAACAAUAUCUAAAAGCGAGUUUUUAGUUUCCUCUGAGACACCCGGAGAAUAAAAUUCUCACAGAGCCACAGCCUAAAAAGGCUAAGCUGCUCUGUUGCAUCAGGAAGGCCAAACUUUUUUUCUUAAAUGCUGGACAGAGAUUCAAACAAUAUCUAAAAGCGAGUUUUUAGUUCCCUCUGAGACACCCGGAGAAUAAAAUUCUCACAGAGCCACAGCCUAAAAAGGCUAAGCUGCUCUGUUGCAUCAGGAAGGCCAAACUGUUUUACUUAAUGCUAGACGGGGAUUCAAAAAAUAUCUGACUGAAAAGCGCGUUUUUAGUUCCCUCUGAGACACCCGGAGAAUAAAAUUCUCACAGAGCCACAGCCUAAAAAGGCUAAGCUGCUCUGUUGCAUCAGGAAGGCCAAACCGUUUUACUUAAUGCUAGACGGAGAUUCAAACAAUAUCUGAAAGCGCGUUUUUAGUUCUUUCUGAAACACCCGGAGAAUAAAAUUCUCACAGAGCCACAGCCUAAAAAAGCUAAGCUGCUCUGUUGAAUCAGGAAGGCCAAACUGUUUUACUUAAUGCGGGACAUGCACUAUCAUCUUCACGGAUCUAAUUAGUGCAAAAUUAAAUAAAGCUGUAAUCUGUAAAUCAAUUUUUGGUUUAUGAAAUUUUACUCACUUUUACCGACAGUUGAUAGCCACUGGCUUUGGCAAAAUAAAUUUUCCUCUUUUCUUUAAAGGGAUUCGAUAAAAUUGAAAAUAUCCACUACGAUCCACACUUAAAAACUGAACUCUGACUGAAUUGAACUGUUUGCGAUCAGGCUUAAGAAAUAGCGAACUCCAUCAACAUUCUCCAUGAACAUUACACUUUCACAUCAUUAGCAGUUAUUGAGAAUUUAUGAAAUGAUCGAUUGAUCAGUGUAGACCUUAAAACGUUUUUGCGCUAAAAUGAUAAUAGGUAGCCAUUUGAAGGUGAUACAAAGGAACCUAAAAUAGACUUACCAAGUUUCGGCCGAUGUUUAGAAAAUUGAAAAGGGCUGAAGAGCAUCACCGUUCGGGCUAAAUCCAGUCAGCGACCCUUAAUAAAAAUCAUUUAAGUUUACAUAAUCAACAACGACGUGAAUGCCCGAGUUUCUGACUUGACGGUCAUGGGCAUCUGCCACCGUCAGGGAAUCAUACGAUAUCGCUUCUCGAAUGAAUCCCUCAUUUUAAUUCCCCCAAUUCAGUAAUCCACGACCAAGUACCUUUUCCAGAUCUUCUCCUCACGACGAAACGCUUUCUCUGACUUCUCUGGCCGCUUCCUGCUAUAUUUUCUAGUAGCUGGAAGGAAUUUCGUCCUUCUUUGAUCGCUUUAAACCCGCUUUCGUCGGCAUUUCAUCGGCGCAAGUUAAAGGCUCGUGCUAACGUUAAAACGACAACAACAUGAUCUUUCCUCUUUGAAAAACCAAACCUGGAUGGGUUGACUCGAGCGCUAGUACUAUCUGUACUAUCGACCAAAUCAUAAAUAGCUAAAAAUAAUCGGCCCUGCUACUUCCAAACAUCAUCUCUACAUAAAAAGCAUAAAAUUUUGACUUGCCAUGAAUUAUAUCCGUCGGUAAAACCAUUUGGUCACUGAUAUUGCGUACGAGAUUACCUUUUUUUGGCAAGCGAGGGUCCAAAGACUGAAGAUGCUUUUCUCGACGAACGCGCCAUUUUCAUGCCGGCUUUGAAAUUUGCGCGAGAUCGCAUUGUGAUACAAAUAGUAUCUGUCUUUCGUCUCUGCUCGUUUUCCAUCAGUGACGCAAAGUACACAAGUCAUGACAGAUUAGUGGCUAUUAAUUGAAUCCUAAUUAGGUUUUUACAAGGACACCGGAAAUUGAAACUUCCUCCCUGUGGUGAAUUUCAAAGUCGUAUGAAUCUCGUCAUGCUGAAAAUACAGUCCGGCUUUACUGUACUGCGUGACAAAUAAAUUAAAACUUUCGCGGGAAAAAUGGGCUUCGUUUUUUGACGAUUUCGCUUGCUUAUUAAAAAGAUUAUCAUCAAUACGGUGAUUUAUAAUGUUUUUCCUUGUAAUUAGGGAUAUAAAAGUUUUCAAUUAUCUCUUCUGAAGUCGUAAAAAUCUAUUUUAAGACAUUUACGAACCACAAUCGCAGUAAAACGAAACGUGGCGCUACAAAAUUUGGCGGGAAAUAUUAAUGCUCGACGCUUAUUAUUGUACUUUCGCAUGCCAUUUUCUCCAAUUUGCUGCUAGAUACCAAUUUUAAACAAACUGGAUUUUGAUAAGAGCACAAUAAGCCAUCUAGAAAUGAUUUUACUUUUGAAAUAAACUGCCGCAUCUCGGUAAAAUAGUCAACUGAAAAUGACUGAAAUUUGGGUGACGCUCAUUAACGAUUCAGGAGCGAUUUUUAGCACCAGGUAAAAAAUAGAGUAUUUAAGCAAAGGAAGUUUAACAUAUUCCAGUCGACUAACGAAGCGAUAGGUGUUAUGGAAAAAAUAUAAGAACUAUUGGGAGUUUGGCCAAGUAUGUUUUAACUUCACCCAAAGUUAGCCAAAAUUUGUGCUUUUUUAGGUCGCCGGAGGUCCCAAAAUCUCGAAAUAGUGAUAUCUCGAAGAAAAUCGAACGGCUACUUCUCCAAAUGCCAUGGUUGUUAAUCUUUUCAGGUAGCUUUCAUACUGUGAAAACAUGAAGGUAAACGGCCGACCUCGAUCUUUUGCUAUUGCCCGGUUUUUUCUGACAAUAACACUUAAAUAAUAGGAAACAGCAGGUGCAUGCAAAUGGUGUUGCUUCCGAUACACGUUUUAUCUCCACUGGUGUGCCUCAAGGAUCGAUACUAGGACCUUUGCUGUUUAUUAUUUUCAUUAAUGACCUUCCAAAGUCCUCCACCUUUUUUUCUACCAGAUUAUAUGCAGACGAUACAUCUCUAACAGCUUCUGGAAGUGAUCUUGACAGUUUAUUGCGUGAAAUUAACAAUCAUUUACCAGCUGUCUACGAAUGGUUAUGCAGUAAUAAAUUGACCUUAAAUUUGACAAAAACUAAGUUUCUUAUCUUUAUGCCUCGUCAAAAGGAAAGCUACAAUCUUUAUCCACCACUAACCGUAGCAAAUGUUCAUCUAGAGAAGUCCUUUUGUGUAAAAUAUCUUGGUGUGUAUAUUGAUUGUCACCUCACUUGGCAUGACCAUAUUGACUAUAUAUGUGGCAAAAUUAACAAAAAUAUAAAUAUCAUGGUUAAGUUGAGGCAUUAUGUAUCAAAAGCAACACUUAUUAGUGUGUAUUAUUCUCUUACUUAUCCUUACCUUACUUAUGCUUGUACACUUUGGGGAAAUAAUUAUAACGCUCCAUUGUCUCAAAUCGUAAAGUUACAAAACAAAGCGGUUCGUGUUGUAAAUGAUGCUCCUUUAAUGGAAUCAAUAACUCCACACUACACAUCCUUAGGCCUUCUGAAAUUUCCUGAUAUUGUUAAACUGAACACAUGUAUGCUUUUUUAUGAUUAUUUCCACCAUGAAAAGUUUCCUAAUAUGCCUGUUUCAUUAGUAUCUGAACUACAUAAUUACAGUACCCGCAGUGCAUCGUGCAAUAAAGUUGCAAUACCUUUAUUUCGAACUAAUCUUAGGAGAUUUUGCCCCAGCAUUAUUGGAAGUUUCUUUUGGAACGUUAUUCCGCAAUCCAUUAGAGACAAACCAUCUAAAAAAAUGUUUAAAAAAGCACUUUUACGCUGGUACCUGGUUCAAUACUAA